AAGAACGGAUCAUUCCAAUCCAACCCUUUCUUCGCGGCCUGUUCCUCAUUCCGUUUCCUUUCUGCUGUGGUAGCGGCCAACUAUGUGCUGACAAAAAUUCAGGGGCAUGGACUUUAGCUUCGUCGAGGGCCCGGGAGGGCCGCCGGGAGGUCAGGCGCGUGCGCCCGCGGGCGCGGCAUCAACAUGUGGGGGUGGCCAGGCUGGGGCGUCCGGUGCCGGCAGCGGCGCCGGACCCCGCCCCGCCAUCCGCAUCCCCUCCUGGCAAGAGGUGCAGGCGGGCAACCAGCCCUCAGCGCCCACCAUCCUGUUUCGACCCACUGGAAUAGCCUCGCGCAUCGCACAGCAGCCUCAACAGCCCCAGCAGCUUCAGCAGGGGCCGCCGCAAGCUGGAGGGCUGCCUCAUGCGGGUCCGGUGCCGGUGUACGGCACACACCCAGCUGCACCCGGCCCCGCAGCUGUGUGGCCCAGCGCGGCUGGCGCCGGAGGCGGCGGCGGCAGUGGCAGCAAUGGCGCAGCAACUUAUGCCGACGGGCCACGUGUCGGACCCCAGCCGGGGUGGUCAGCUGCCGGCGGCGCCGCGGGCCCUGCUCCUGGGAGCGGCGGCGGCAGCAGUUACGGAGGCAGCGGGGCAUACGGCACAAAUGCGCCAAGCGCCGGUCCCUCAUACGCUGGCGGAGCCGGCGCUGGCCCCAGCCCCGGCGGAUCCUACGCGCCGCGAGGUGGCAUGGCUGGACCUGGGAUGGGCUCUGCAAUGACGGCGGCGCAGCCGCCGCCGCUGCCCGCCGCCGCCGCCACCAUGAUCCUUGUGAACAAGCGGCAGCAAGGCAACCCGGUGCUGAAGCACAUCCGCAACGUGCGGUGGCAGUUCGGCGACAUCAUCCCCGACUACCAGCUAGGACUCAACACGGCGGCGCUGUUUCUCAGCCUGCGCUACCACCUGCUCCACCCCGACUACAUCCUGCAUCGCAUCAAGGAGCAGCAGCGGCUCUUCCGCCUCACGGUGCUGCUGUGCCACGUGGACGUGGACGACUGCAUCAAGCCGCUGGGAGAGGUGACGCGCGCGGCAGUGGUGGGGGACUGCACACUGGUGUGCGCCUGGAGCCCAGAGGAAUGCGCCCGCUGGCUGGAGACAUACAAGAGCUAUGAGUCCAAGUCCGCCACGUCCAUCCAGGAGCGGGUAGAGGCGGACUACAUUUCACGCCUGGCCGCGGUGCUGGCGGGCAGUGUGCGCGGCAUCAACCGAACGGACACGCACACGCUGGGCACCUCCUUUGGCAGCCUGGCGGACUUGAUGCGCUGCAAGGACGCGGAGGCCUUCUCCGCCUGCCCGGGUAUCGGCCCCACCAAGGUGCGGCGGCUGAUGGACGCGUUCCAUGAGCCGUUCAGGAAGCAGCUCAAGAUGAGCGCCGGGACAGCGACCGCUGCGCCGUCGCACGCAAGGACGCCCGGCGCCGCGGGCGUGGCGGGGGCAGGAGCAGGGACAGCAGCUGGAGCAGCAGCAGCCGAGCCGUCGGCAGCGGCCGCAGGAGCAGCAGGGACGAUACCAGCACCGGCGGCCGGGGCGGCAGGUGGCGAGGCGCGGAAACGCAAAGCUGAUGAGGCGGGGGCGGAGGCACGGGUGGAGGACGUCGUUACCGGGGCUGAGGCGGAUGUCGAGGUCGUGGCGGCCACGGACGACGAGGAGGAGGGCGCGGAGCUGGGGCUGGAGCAAGAGCUGGUGGAUGACCCUGUGGAGGAGCCGGGCGAGGAGGGGUGGGGGCAGGAGCGGGAAGCAAGCCCAGGGCAAGGGGCAGGGGAAGGGGCGGGCGGGGGGAGUGGAGGCAGCGAGCCGACGUCAGAGGCUGUGACUGUAGCGGCGGCGGAACGGCGGCGGCAGCUGUUGGAGAUGCUGAUGUCGCAGAUGCCUGCUGGGGAUGAUGACGUGUCGGACGCCGAUGAGCUGGAAGAGCGGUUCUGAGGCAGCGUGUUCGGGUGGCUGGGCACUGUCACGGCGUGUGUCGGUGUGA